AUAUUCCGUCGCUGUCAAAUCAAUUUUCGUUCGUCUUUGUCGAGGAAAAUAAAUCGGUGAAUCAGCUUAGUGGAUUAUUUUAAAGUGUUAUUUAAACAUGACUUCUACGAUGCCAAACGACGGUGAUAGAAACGAGGAGCGUCGACGCCGGGUGUUGCUGGGUCCGCUGCCAGCUGGUUUCCUCCGUGCCGACGGAGACACAGCCGCUGACAAUGCCAUGGACGCAGACUAUCAAGCAGCAUUGGCACUGCAGCAACAACUAUGUGGUGCACAGGUCCCCGCUGCAGGCCCGCCGUUGACAGCGAGGCUGAGCAUCACUAUAGCUCAGGCGAAGUUGGUUAAGAACUAUGGACUGACCCGUAUGGACCCGUACGUGCGUCUGCGUGUAGGUCACUGCAUCUACGAGACCCACACGGACCCCAGCGGUGGAAAGACCCCGCGCUGGAAUAAAGUCAUUCAUUGCUUGCUGCCCCCUGGCGUGAACUCGGUGUACCUGGAGAUCUUCGACGAGUGCUCCUUCACCAUGGACGAGCUGAUCGCCUGGACACACAUCACCAUCCCGCAGGCCGUGCUUAAUGGCGAGACCCACGAGGACUGGUACCCGCUGAACGGCAAGCAGGGCGACGGAGUUGAAGGCAUGAUCAACCUCGUGCUCAGUUACUCUGUGGGCCCGGCGGCCGUGGCGACCUUCCCCCCAGUGCUGGUGGUCCCCAGCACGGGGAUGGGCUACGCCGCCAUGCCGGUGUACCCGCAGCACCCGCAGCAGCCCAUGCAGCCCGCGCCGCAGAGGGCCCAUCCUCCCCCGCCGCCCCCUAUCACGCCGGAGCAGAUACAACAGAUAGAAGAAAUGUUCCCAAGCAUGGACAAGGAGGUGAUCAAGUCCGUGCUGGAGGUGAACCACGGCGACAAGGACGCCACCAUCAACUCUCUCCUUCAGAUGUCCGAAUAGUCACGUCACACAACUGGACACUGGGCGGUACUGGUCGAUAUUACUUUACAUUUCAAAUUCAUUCUUAGGUGUUCAUUUUCUUAGCAUUGUUUUUGGCAUAAGGGGGCUUGGGCAACAUUGUCCCAAGAAAAUGUUGCAAACAUAAGUUUUUAAAGCCUGGCAAGAUUUAAUGUACAUAGAGACGGGUCCCUUUGUUUGACAUAAUUAUUGAAAGUCAUAAUGUAAUGUUUGUCAGAUUAUCAUUAGUCAUAAUUCUGAAACCGUUAGUUUUUCAGGAUUUUCAUAAGGUUAUCCUAUAGAUAGGUUAAGUUUGUUUUAUGGUAAUUCUGAAAAAGUACGCGUUUCUGAGAAAAACCAAAUUAUGACUAACGAAAAUGCGGAAAAACAAUACAUUAUGACUUAAAACUUUAUGGGAAACUCUGGUUUGAGUCAUUCAAACGCUUUACAUUUUCAGUUUUUGGUGUCUGUUAAAAAAUACUUUGAGAUUUAUAUCGUCUAGUAUACGUUCAGUGUCAUAUUCAAGUAAUUAUACAAUACUUACUUACAGAAUAUAAGCGCUUAGCAUUCGCUUUUACAUCCCGCUCUUUUAGUCACAUAUUAAAGGUAAAAUUUAGUUUGAUAACAAAAGUACAUAAGCAAGUUUAACAUGUCAAUGUGUGCAUAAACAAGAGUUUAUCAUUUAUAUGCGGCUAUAAGGGCAUUUAAUAUGUUAAUAAAAUUAAAAUUUUAGAUUUAAAUAAGCUGUAUAAACUCAUUAUAAAAUCGUUAAUAAUAAUACAGGGGAAAAUUAUAAUCAAAAGCAUAGACAAAAUAAUACUGACUCGUCAAGUAGAGUUAGGCCAAGAAAAGUCUGCAGCGAUUUUGAUAGCCCACGCAGUGCAAGUGUUAUUUAUACGUCAUAAUUUCAUAGAAGUUUGACGUUUAGAAUAGCACUUACACUGUGUGGGCUAUCAAAAUCGCUGCAGACUUUUCUUGGUCUAACUCUAGUAGUAUAGCCGUAACGACGGUGUAAGUAGAUGGCGCUGUCCGGUUUUAUGAUCACUGGAUUGACAAACGUUUGCGCUUGACAACAUACUUACUGCGUCAUUAUUGCAACGCCAUCUACCUCAGCUGUCAAAUUUGAGGCUAUAAAGUUUUUCAUUUCGUAUUUUAGUAUUAUUUUGUCUAUGUUGAAAACUAUGGAACAGCCCCAAGAAGUUAAAUAUUUUUAGUCUAAACUUAUAAAGCAACGUACCACGUUUACAAGAAUAGUAAAUAGUUCAAAUAGAAAGGCGCUUUUCCAUCUUUUUAUAGAAACAAAUCGGCCUUAUUAUUAUAAAGAAUAGCUUCAUAUUGCACUAUAAGUAACAUCAAGUAAGAAAUCAGUCUAUUUAAAUCAACAUUUUAAACUAUGUAUGUAGGUUUUUAAAUACAAAUUUUGUCAUGAAAACAUUGUUUUACAAACCGAAAUAAAUGCCAUAUAAGGUAGAAGUACUAGUGCUCGACGCUGCACUAGUAUUCGACAUGGGCACUUUAUGUCAAAGUGACAAGGAUUAAAUUUGAAUACAAAAAAUCUUCGCUGUUAAAAUUUAACCUAUAUAUUACUCUGACAUAAAGUGCCCAUGUCGAAUACUAGUGCAGCGUCGAGCACUAGUACCUACCUUACCUACGAAGAAAAAAUGACCAAGGCCUCCAGAAACCAUUCACAAAUAAUUUAUUAAGCUGUUUCUUAAAGUUAAAACAUUGUUUAAUCAAGUAUUUUCUCGUUUAUGACAUUAAAUUUUUUACAUAAUCCCGAGGCAACGGAUUAUUUCACAUUCCACAACUUUAAUACUCUAUUAUCAAUAAUGCAUAAUGGCAAUGACAUAGACUAGAAAAUAGUUGAUCAUUGAUACCAAUAACAUUUUAAUGACUUUAAGUUUUUUUACCUACUUAUAUUAAUUUCGAGCAUCGACAAUGCAUUUUGCUCAAUUUAUUUUAUUGGCGAUAACACCAAAUUCAACAUUACAGUAGAAUAUUAAAUGUGAUUUUAGUAUUUUUAGCGAAACUAUCGGUCGGUACUAGAGAUGGGCCGAAUAUUAAUUGAAUCCUAUCCGUCCAUUAAUCACAUCAAACAAAAUUUCGAUUUUUUAGACUCCCUCCCCCUUCCGCCUUCUACCCCCUUGGCAUGAUCCCCUCUCCCCCAGUUGCUGUGACGUAAUACACAUUCAUCUCAUCCCUAACAUUCUUUUGCCUAUAUGGCAUUCAUUCAUCCCUCCUCAUUACAUGCCCAUAUAAUAAAUGUAUUAGUACAGAUGUUAAAUGUGAACCGAAUAAUUCGGUCGAAUAUUCGAGUCAAUCUUGAUUUUGACGACCGGUCUGGCCUAGUGGGUAGUGACCCUGCCUAUGAAGCCGAUGGCUACCGGGUUCGAAUCCUGGUAAGGGCAUUUAUUUGUAUGAUGAUACAGAUAUUUGUUCCUGAAUCAUGGUUGUUUUCUAUGUAUUUAAGUAUUUAAACAUUAUAUAUAUCGUUGUCUGAGUACCCACAACACAAGCCUUCUUGAGCUUACCGUGGGGCUUAGUCAAUUUGUGUAAGAAAUGUCCUAUAAUACCUAUUUAUUUACCUAUUUGUCCUAUAAUACCUAUUUGAUGGGUACUCUGUCCAUCUCUAGUUUUUACAUUGGAUGUGGAACCACUGAGGAGGUUUCACUAGGCACAGAAUUGUAGUUGUCACGUUACGUACACGUUAGUAAGUAGACGACAAAUAGAAAAGUGAUAAUUAUUGUUGUAUGUUGGUAGUGGCACAUAGGUUUAGAUGGCCAACGGAAGACAUUAUAUAGAAUAUAGUAAUGUGUAUCAAAAACUGUAAGCUAUAUUUAAACAUUGAAUUAUUAUUACUACCACAGACAAAACAUUUUCCAGACUGAGCAUAGUCGCGCUCCCCCUCUGCCACGCAUACGGUAAUUUUACUCCAUGUUCGAGUCGAAAGUGUCUUUGUGUGACGUCCGUGUCUUUGAACGGACCAAUCACGGCACGGGACUUCGCUCACCUCGUCCCACGCAGCCCCGCAUUUUUGGCAUCAUCGGUUGCAUGAAAUAAUUGCUCUAAACUCGGUCUAGAGUUCCUAGUCUAUGAUUACUACGUAUAGAAUCGGCACUGAGAAUCAGUAUUUUGCGGCAUGAGUUGUUGUUUUGACAAACCAUAGAAGCGGAGCGUGAGUCUCGCGACCUAAACGCGUAAGCGCCAUGAAUUUUACGGCACUUGCGAGGUUUUGGUCGUGAGGUACAGGUUGUGGUUACGACAAUUUCAUAGUUUGGUAUGGCUUAUUCUCCAUUGUAAUAAUAACUCAAUGUAUUUUAACUAUUAUUUUGAUUUUGUGAAGUUUAGUUAGACUUUAGAAAAAGAUCUUGCCCUUCAAAAUGGAAAAUGACUUUGUUUGCUGUACAAAUUUUCAGAUAAAAACACAUUUCUAUUUAUGAUACCCUACAUGUGUAGCAUCUUUUAUUUAUAGUUACUUUUAUUACAAUAGUUGUUUUAAUAACAAAUAAAGUGAUAAUAAAAACAUGUUGAUUCUUUAGCGAUCGAUAUGCGACGUCAUUGUUUUCGUGGCAUAUUAAAAUACCCAUAUCCAAGGCUUGUCAGCUAAAGUGCCAAAUUAUUUGCCGUCGGUGCAAUGCUUAAAUGAAUAUUAUUGUUGUAUUUAUUUGUAAUUUUACAAUGUAUAAAUAAAUUAUAAAC